AUGGCGGAGGAGGAGAGCUUCGGCGCGCUGUUCCACAACGUCGUGUUCACCAUCAUGCCCAGCGAUGACCUGGAGGACGACGAGAAGACGGAGGUCUUGGCCGCGUUGGAGAGCAAUGGCGGACGCUACGUGCCACUGCGCUCCAGCGACCAGCAGAUUGACGAGCUGGACAACAUCACGCACAUCAUCUCGACCACGAUCGAGUUUCCACAGUAUGCCUUGACCGUCGAGCGGGGCAUCAGCACGGUGAAGCCAUCCUGGGUGGCGCACAGCGCGAGGAAGAGCAAGCAAGCAUCGGCCCGCCAACACAGUCCAGACCCGAGUCAGUACUUUCACAACGUCGUCGUCACUUGUGCCGAUCUGCCAGAGGGCGAUGCAGAGGCCAUCACUGCCGGCGUCAUGGCUCUCGGUGGCCAAUUCAGCCAUCCACUUACCAAGCUGGUCACUCACGUGGUGACCAUGAGCCUGGACCAUCCCAAGUGCAAGGCCAUCAAGGACAAGGGACAUAAAUGCAAGCUAGUGCUGCCUCACUGGUUCGAUGAUUGCUUUCGGCUGGGCAAGAAGAUCAGCGAGAGACCAUACGAGUUCCCCGAUCCGGAACUGCUUCGAAGAAACAACAAGCCACAUGUCAAGGCAUAUCCCUCCCCGGACCUCGAAGGCGCGGUGAGCCCAUCACCAACGAAGGUUCCAGGUGGCAGCCCGCCGCCCAGCCCGUCUGAGUCUCGCAAGAAUCUGAACGCCCUCAUGUGCAAGGACAUCUUCUUGGACAACGACCUCGAGCUAUCUGACAACCUCAAGGAAACGAUCAAUAGACUAAUAGUCUACGCUGGGGGUGUCGUGGUAAGCAAAGUUGACGAGGCGGAUAUCUACAUUGGGUACUUUCGGGACGGUGCCAACUAUAUCGCUGCUUCUCGUGCUGGCAAGGAAGUCGCGAACCUGGCAUGGCUAUACCAUGUCAUCAACCAGAACAAGUACACGACACCUUUGAAGCGCCUAUUUCACUACCCAGUGCCACGCAAUGGUGUCCCAGGUUUCAAAGACAUGAAAAUCAGCUUGUCGAACUACGCCGGCGACUCUCGCAACUACAUCGAGAACCUCAUUCGCAUUUGUGGGGCCGAGUAUACCAAGACCAUGAAGCAGGACAACACCCACCUUGUCACAGCGCACAAGAACGGCGAAAAGUGUGAAGCAGCUUCGGAGUGGAACAUCAAGGUGGUCAAUCAUCUCUGGUUGGAGGAGAGCUACGCCAAAUGCGCCAUACAAUCUUGCACGAACGACAAAUAUACCACGUUUCCCACAAGAACAAACCUUGGGGAAGUGACCGGUCGAACAGGUCUCGACAUGGCCAGUGUCGAAAAGCAAUUCUUCCCGAAGGCUAGGUCGCCUCAGAAGAAGCCUGCAGAGAAGCCAUCUCCACGCAAGACUGUUCCCACCUCGAAUGUGCUCGCAGAAGGGGUAACCAUGCAAGAAGAUGACGUUGGUGUCCCGACGACCAUCGCAGAAGCAGAGGAGAUGGACGUCGAUCCGGCUGAGCCAAUGACUGUGAAGAAGCCGCGAGGCAGGACACCACGCUCUGCUGCCGCCACACCACGUGUGGCGAGCGCUAGGGAAAACGCGACUCCAGCAAUCACCAGCACUGGCCGUGCGUCGAAGUCGAAAGCGCUCAACAGCAUUCAUGACUCUGCAGAAGACAUCGCCCUAUAUCAAAAAGAACUGAAGCGAAAGGGUGGUGUCACGCAUGGCAGGGAGCGCCGCGCUAGCGUUGCAGAAAUGUCCUCGCCUGCUCCAGCAACGCGGAACUCGCGCAAGCGGCCGAGCGAAGAGUACGAGGUGACAGCCCAGGGCAGUGACCUUAGCGAUGGCGAGACUCAAGAUUCUCGCGCGAAACAGAACAAGAAAGCCAAGCACUCCGUCUCGUCCACGCUACCACCAGUACAAUACCGUAUGAUGGUGACUGGUGAUGACCGCUGGACGAACAACGCGAAGAAGGAGGCCGCCGACAAGGCGAUCCUACGCGGGCUCGGUGUUCUGCUGACACAAGAUCCUGCUCAUGUUGACAUACUUGUUGCCCCAAAGAUUCUUCGAACGAAGAAGUUUGUGUCGGCGUUGGCUUGUGCGCCUCUCGUUGUGGACACAUCCUUCCUGGAAUACGCGCUCAGUAAGAAGAAGCUUCAGGACAAUCCACCAAUACUCAAGGACAAGGACAACGAGGAUCGACUCGGAUUCACGCUUUCUGAAAGUCUUAAGCUGGCCAAGCGGAACAAGCGCAAGCUGUUCGCAAACUGGGCCAUCUGUGUGACGAAAGACGUCAAUGGUGGCUUCGACACAUACAAGGAGAUCAUCUCGUUGAACGGCGGCGAGACGAUGAUGUAUCAAGGUCGGCAGAAACUAUCACUCGCAAAGCCCACCAACCAAGCAGGCAACGAGUUUGACUACGUCUACUUGGUAUCUGGGAAGAGCGAAGCUGAAAUGAAGCUGUGGAAGAAAUUCCGCGAGAAUGCAAGCAGCCAAGGUGUGGAAGCCAAGAUCGUGUCCUCCGACUGGGUGUUGAACGCAGCCAUGAGCCAGAAGAUCACGCUGUCGGAGAAGUGGGUGCUUGACGAGGAAGAUGAAAUGGGCCAAUGCGAAAUUUGA